CGCCUACACACACGCAUUUAUACCUCACACACGCGCGCCAGUCUCAUGAGUAGCGACGGUUCCGCACAGCCGCUGUUGGACCUCGCUGGGUUUCCGAGCCCACACGGUGCUGGAGCAGAGCGAGGCGAUGCGCCACUGCCGCUUAACCCGCCGACGCCUGGGAAGAAGGCGAAGAAGGGCAAGGGCAAGGGCGGAAAGGGCACGGGCAAGGGCGGAAAGGGGAAGGCUGGAAAGAGCAAGGUUGAUGCUGAGACUCGGCUCGGCUCGGCUGCACCAUCGCCCGGCGCGAACACCGACGACGCCGAUGAUGAUGUUGAUGACGGCGGCAAAGGUGGCGGUGGCGGCGGAAAGAAGAAGAAGAAGAUCAAGAAGCUGAAGCGGCAGGUUGAGAUGCUCGAGGCGUCGGCGCUGGCGCUGGUGCUUGAGCUGGACAAGUCGGCGCAGCUGGAGGCGCUCGAGGAGGGCGUUAGGGUCAAGAUGGAGGCGCUGCGGUUUGCUGUGACCGGUGACUCGAACCCGGUGGCUGGCCAUGAGCUGCUCGGCGACGUUGCCAAUGCGUCGGGUGGUGUCGGGACUGGCGCGUCGAUCAACGGCGACGACGGCGGAAGCCUGCUGGAAGGUAUGGCUCCCGAGUUGGAUGCGCUCGCGCAGCUGGAGGCAGCCAAGCAAGCAGCCAAGGACCAGAAGAAGCGUGAGAAGAUGAUACAGAAAGAGGAGCUCAAGGUGCUGGCCCGGAUGAAGGAGCCGCGUACGCUGCUGGCCAACGAGCGGACGUUUCUGUCAUGGGCGGCGUCGUCGCUGCGCCUCGGCGCCAUCGGCACCGCACUCAUUACCUUCUUUGGCCACACCGCUUUCGCCAUGUUCCUCGGCUGUGCGCUGUGGACCAUUGCAGUUGUCUACCUCGCGUACUCGAUCCGCCGUUACCGGCAGCGCGCGCAGGCGCUGCUCACCGCCUCGGACGGGCCUUUCCUGGACGUAGCGGGGCCUGUCUCGUUUGUGGGCAUCAUCAUUGUUGCCAUUGUGCUCUACAUCUCGUUCUUUGUCAUUGCGGGGCCGCAGCCCAAGGUUCACUUUCAGUCUGCCAAGAGCAGUUGA